AUGGCCUCCCCGCUGGUAAGGGCUCGGCCCCGGCAGCCAGGACGGCCGGCAGGCGAGCCGCGGCCGGCGGGUGUUACCCGGCGCCGAGAGCCGCCCGGCCGCGGCUGCCGCCCCCGCCGGUGGCGACGCUCCGGACGCCGGGACUGCGGCUCCCGCCGCGCGCGGGGCGAGGACCCCGUCCUGAUCCGGCGUUUCCGCGGCCACACGGCGGCGGUGACGGGCGUCGCCUUCGACGCGAACGCGGCGGAGCUGGUUACCUGCUCUGUGGACAGCCUGCUCAUACUGUGGAAGCUGAGGACGCCGUGCAGCGCCUACAGAUUUUCAGGGCAUGCGGAAGCGGUGACAAGUGUAGAGUUCUCUCCAGAUGGGCGGGUGCUGGCUUCAGCUUCUCAGGAUCACACGGUCAGGCUAUGGAUUCCUUGCAUCUAUGGAGAAUCAUCAGUACUGAAAGGUCAUACAGCCCCUGUUCGGAGUGUGAGCUUCUCCCAUGAUGGCUACUCUGUAGUUUCAGCAUCCAAUGAUAAAUUAAUAAAAAUAUGGAGUGUUUGCUCUCAGCGCCUUUUGUUUACCCUAUUCCAACACACUGGUUGGGUUUGCUGUGCCAAAUUUUCGCCUGAUGGAAGAAUAAUAGCAUCUUGUGGUGAGGACAAAUCUAUUAAACUCUGGGAUGCAAGAAAUAAAAUUUGCAUUAAUACCUUCUCAGAUUAUGAAGGAUUUCCAACUUUUGUGGAUUUCAACCCAAGUGGAACAUGUAUAGCUUCUGCAGGUUCCAAUAACACAGUGAAACUAUGGGAUAUUCGAACGAACAAGCUACUGCAGCAUUUCAAAGUUCACAGAGCAGGGGUUAAUUGUAUAUCAUUCCAUCCUUCUGGUAACUACCUCAUCACUGCUUCUUCUGACGGUACCCUUAAGAUUCUGGACCUCUUAGGAGAAAGACUUAUUUACACUCUUCAUGGACACAAGGGACCUGUACUUUGUGUGGCUUUUUCAAAAGGUGGUGAAAGUUUUGCCUCAGGUGGAGUGGAUGCUCAGGUAUUACUAUGGAAAACCAACUUUGAUACUUUGGAUUAUGAAGAAGUUCUCAAACACAAUUUUAGAAGAACACAUAUUGAUGAUCCUCCUCAUCUUCUUGAUGUUUACCCAAGGUCAUGUCAUUUCCAUGAUGAAACAAUUACAUCAGUUGAGGUUGACCCUACCUUUGAUGUGCCUGAUAUGCAAACACCUGACCCAGUUAUCUUCGAUAUUAGAACAUCUUCAUAUAUGAGUACUCCUAGUGAUGGCAGAAGUGAAGAACUGCCGAGUCCCUGUGAUUCUCCCUCAGCAAGAAGUUCAAAAAGGAAGGCAGAGAAUGAGAGUGGGUCAGCUGUGCUUAGUGUGGAGCAGCCCAGAGGCAUCCCCUCCUCCGUGGACUGGGCUUUGGACCACAUUGUGGGCCAGCUGGAGAUGUUAACUGUAACCAUUUCAGUCCUGGAAGAACGUCUUACUUGUACAGAAGAUAAAUUGAAAGAAUGCAUAAAAGAUCAGCAAAAAAUGUUGCUUAAGGGAGAACAGAACUAAUAAAAUACGAAAAUGAACUAUGUUGAUGAGUAUGUUUCAUAAAAUCACAAGGAAUGUUUCUUCACUGGAUUUUGCUAUAAGCAGAAACAUCAAAUCAAAGUAAUAAAAAUGGAAGAAAUUAAAAAAAAAUUUCAAACAUUGGUAGCAAGCAGAUAUUCUGGUUAUCUAUUUAAUGAAGUGUAACCCAAUCCAAACUACAACUUUCCAAAUAAUUUCCAUUGAACAUUCCAGAACUCUUACUUCAACCUAACAAGAUAUUUGUAUAUAACUAAGCCACUAACUAUGUAUCUUUAGAUGAAUAGCAGUUAUUAUGCAGGUUACCGCUGUGCAGAUUUUUAAAUUCAGUCAAUGAUGUUUUUAAAAAUAAUGUUCUUUGUGCUAAGACAACAUUACUGAAACACCUAAAUUGAGUAAGACAUAAUAUAAAAAUGCCAGAGGUGUUCUUUGUCCCUUAUAUAUUCUCAAGUGUUUUACCAAAAAAUAGUGUGCUAUUCUUUAUCUUCUCAACAUUUUAGUAAUGAUUGCAAGAAGAUGUUGUGUGAAAACUUUUAGUUACAAAUGCAGGAAUUAAGUCACUUUAACUUUGAAGCUGUAAUUGCAUCUAUGUGAAUCCAGCUGCAAAACAUGAGUUUUGAUGCACUUGAACACUUCUGCUUAUCGUAUCCCCAUCAAAAUUCACUUUUCAUAUUUAUGAAAACAAAAAUGAGCUUUAUACUUCUGAAGAAUAUAUUUGAACCAAACACAAAAAUUUGCAAAAUCUAGGUCAUAAAUACAAAAGAUUCUUAUCCCAUAAGAAUGUCCACGUGUGCUCGAGCUUUGCAUGCUGUGAAUGUACCUGAUCAAGUAAUGCAUUGUGAAUGCUGACAUAAGUCAGGAAAAACUUUGCAGUGUAUGAUGAUUUGAGUUUUAUUUUUAAUAAAAAUGCAAUUCUUAGAAAGAU